GCAGUUCAGUCGGCCUGCCUUGGGUGGGCGACGUGUAUACCAGCCAGGUUAAACAAAUUAACACCAGUUACCAAUUUUACACAUUAAUUGAACGUGUUUAGCGGUAUCCGAGUCAAAAGCAGUGUCAAAAAUAAAACAAUACACAAUCUAUUUGUAUUAAACGUAAUAAGCAGCCUCUAUGGCAGUCUGGCGAGAUAAAAUUCGCUUGUUUUCGUUAUCAAGAUGAAUGUUAGUGAUAAAAAUAUCUAGCCAAAGUUAUACGUCAGGACCACAGCGCGCUGCUGGUCGUAUGUCUUCGAAUAAUACAGUGAUUGAAAUAGCGAAAAUGUGGGCCAAACUAUUUACAACAGUGAAAUACACGUUAGUGAUAGUAAAUUUUCUAUUUCUGAUAACGGGGAUAAUAAUUUUGUCUGUGGGCAGUUCAGUACAGUCAGCUUACAAUGGAUACCAUGAGUUUCUGACGGAUAGAUUCCUAUCUUUGCCUGCCUUCUGCAUAGCCACAGGAGUGAUCGUUUUUCUGAUAGCCUUCUUCGGUUUCUAUGGAGCGUACACGGAAAAUUACGUUAUGAUCAUGGCGUUUGCAGGCGCCAUGUUGGUCAUGUUCAUCUUCCAACUAUCGGCCUGCAUCGCUGGGUACGCCCUGAAGAGUAACACCAUAGCGCUGGUACAGCAGCAGUUAUAUAACACCAUGCCCCUGUACCACCAGAAGGAGUAUGUCGUGGAGAAGCUGUGGGACGAGACGCAAGACCAGUUCGAAUGCUGCGGCGUAAUCAACGCCACUGAUUGGCUAACAGCCUUAGAUACAUCAACCUCUGGCGGUCUACCAGUCAGCUGUUGUAGACACGAGUACGGUGCUGUGGCUACCUUCGAAUGUACAGUGCACAGCAAGAAUGUGUACACAACUGGAUGUUCAGACGCCUUCGGGACAUGGGUGCGGAGCCACGCGGGCUCGAUCGGAGCUGCUGGGAUAUUCUUGGUUCUUAUGCAGGCUCUGGCCGUCGCAGGCGCAUUAUGGAUGGCGAAGGUCUCCAGAGAAGAACAGGCAGCGUAUUAGAGUAAAAAAUUAAAAAGUAAACAAUUAACAAUGUGAGCGUUGUGUAGUGACUUCAGUUCCACGUGACCUUUGUUUGAGUGGCGUACGAAGAUUGUAUUGUAUAAAAUUACACGUUUUUAUUAUGAAAUGACGUGGCUAUGCGUUUGACACCUUAUUGUGUUUGUAACAAUAAUUAACUAUAGUUACUUCGUAUCUUUAUAAUAUUAAUUUAUUAUCAUUUUAACAACUUGUUCAUUCAAUUUUGAUACCUAUUAAUCAAAUUUUAUUUACAAUCUGAACUUGAAUGGUUGGGAAGAAUGGUAUAUAGCUGUAUCCUACUUGAGCAUUGGGCUCAAUUAAAUCUAAUAAAUUAGAGAGAAUUAUAAAAAUGUAUAUUAAAACACGAGAAAUACGUUACGGAUUUUAUUUUAUAGGAUUACAAGUCCAAAUCGCCAUAGGAGUGGAGUACCAGAGAGUAUGAGAACCCUGGAUCCUCCAAUCUCAAGAAUAUAAGCUAUAAUUAGGUCACAUUCAUGUCCCAUGUGAAUUUUCAACUUAUUUAAAAAUGAAUUUCUGGUAUUUAUGAUGUCACAUGUACGCAGAUAUUUUUCAUAUAAAAUUUGUACUUUAGAUAUGAAAGUAUACAUAAGUGUAAAUAAAUGAUGUUGUAGGUAGAUUGAAUAAUAUUGAUUAUUGUUAUAUUAAAUUGAUUGAUAUGUGUUAUAUUAAAAUUAUUUAUGUUUCAA